GUCCCCUCUCUCUCCCUCUCUCUCCCUUUCUAUCUCCUUCUCUCUCACUGCUCACCCCCGUACCUCUCUCCUUCCCUCUCGUGAUCCUCGUGAGCAGGAGCACGGCAAUCGGACAAGAUGAGCGACCAGGAGGAACUGGAUUAUUACAUCAUGUUUCCAUCGUUCCCGCCAUCCCCGAAGGACCCGACGUUGACCACCAGCGGGCCGGAUCAGCGGGAGGAAUUCGUGUUCGUGUACGAAGAGGACAAGCGGCCGGUUGUUAUCCUACUGGGAUGGGCCGGUUGUCAGGACCGAUACCUGGCCAAGUACAGCGCGAUCUACGAGGAGAAGAGUUGCAUCACGCUACGCUACACGGCGCCGGUAGAAUGCCUGUUCUGGCGCAGGAACAAGAUGCCGUACCUCGGCAAGCGGCUGCUGCAGGUGAUCACCGACAAGCGGCUGAACGAGCACCCGAUAUUCUUCCACGUCUUCAGCAACGGCGGCGCGUUCCUCUACCAGCACAUCAGCCUCGCGAUGCAGCGGGCUAACACGCCGUUCAAGGUCCACGGAGUGAUAUUUGACAGUGCACCUGGCGAAAGACGGCUGACGACGCUCUUCAAGGCCAUCAGGGCGAUGAUCGGCGGUCAUCCUCUUACAAAUCUGCCGAUGUCCCUCAUGAUCACGCUCUUCCUCUCUGUGAUUUGGUUCUUCGAGGUAAUUGCACAGGCAUUCAACAGAACGUCCGUUCAAACGAACUCCAUCGCCCUCGCCGAGGAGGCUUACUCCUGGCCCCAGCUGUUCCUGUACUCCAACAGCGACAAUCUAAUUCCAGCAUCUGACGUCGAGAAAUUCGCCAGCCGGCGAGCUGAGCGGGGCGUGCGAGUGCAAUUGGUAUUGUUCACCAAUUCGCCGCACGUCAAGCAUUACACGACCUACCGCGACGUCUACGUCAACACUGUGUGCGGCUUCAUCCACGAUUGUCUGACUUCGCCAAGCCCGUCGAGGGACCUGAUGUCGUUCGACUGCGACGAGAGAGGCUCGCAGAGCUACGAUGCGUACUCCGGUCUCACCAAACGCGUCGUGCUACCCCAUGAGGCCACCCAGCUGCAAAACUAGAAUAGCUGCGAUAUUAUGAUAGGUAGAAUAGUCACUCGCUGGAGAAUCGAGUACAGUCUCGCCGGUGCGGUUGUAAAGGGAGAGAGGAUUCUUGAAGGAUUUCUCAACACCUAAUUUUUAAAUAUAAAAAAACUCGCGGAAAAAGUAAUGAGCGAAUUAAAGAAUAAAUCUGGAAAGAUAUAUAUGCUUGGAAUUUGUUUUGCAUAACUGAUAAUUGAGAUUUCUUGAUUUUCGUUAAUUAAUCAAACAUUUUAUUCCAAUUAUGUUUGCUCUUAUUUUCUUGCAGUUUCAUCUAUCUGCUUGAAUUCUGCAAGAAAACAGUGUAAUUAGAAAAAUCUUUAUUAAAGCUGUGAAAUAAAUUAUUAUAUUAAAGCGACUGAGAAAAA